AUGUCCGAAGAGGAAGUUUCUGAGGAAGAAGAGAUUGACGAAGAAGUCGAGGAAGGUGCAGAAGAAGAAGCCGCUGCUGAGGAAGAGCAUCAUGAAGAUGAGCGUCCUGCUGAAGAUGAGAAGCCCAAAAGCGGAGGAGAGGACAAAGCUCCUUCUGAGAUAACAGAGGCAGAACGUGCCAUGAUUGUAAGUACAGAUGAAGACUGCAAAGCAGCUAAUUUCAGCUUAUUGCAGGCUGCCAAGAAACGUCAUGAUGAAGAAGAGGCAGCA